AUGCUUAUAACAUCAUCUGCAAACAGAAGUUCAGUCGGAGCUGCAAUAGGAGGUGUUGGAUUACUACUAAGUCCCAGUGCAUAUGACUCCCUAGCUAGCAUGAGAUCACAUUCUGACCGAAUAAUCGUCGCAAACUUUCAAGGAAACCCUGCAACUACAGUCAUUACAACCUACUGCCCAACCAACGUAGCGAACGAGGAUAUCAUUGAAGGACACUAUGACAAUUUAAGAAGAGCAAUUGACUCCAUUCCAGCACACAAUGUUCUUCUUGUGGUUGGAGACUUCAAUGCCAGAAUUGGACCUGAGGAUGCUAAAUAUACUUACCACGAAACAACCAACAGAAAUGGAAAGUACGUAGUGGACAUGGCAGUUGAAAAGAACCUAGUUAUAGCAAGUGGUCAGUACUGUAAGAAGAAAGGAAAAUUGUGGACCUAUAUUAGCCCAGGUGGAAGUAAAUGCCAUCUGGAUUAUAUACUAAUAAGGAAAAAGUGGAGGAACAGCUUGAAUAAUGCUGAGGCAUAUAAUACUUUUGCCAGUGUAGGAUCCGACCAUAGAAUAGUAUCUGCAAGAGUCCGUUUAAGCCUUCGAAAGAGCAAAUCCUUGGCAAAAGGAAAACAGCACGAUUGGAAACUUCUCAGCACUGACAACCACCUACAGAAGCUAUACAGCAUUGAAGUCCGCAAUAGGUUCCAGCCCCUAGAGAAGGAGGAAGAAUCAGCCACCGAGAGGUAUGAGCGAUUCAUAACAGCGCAUAAGGAGGCUACUGAGAAAGUUAUCCCAAUGAAAAAGAAGGCAAGAAAGUUGCAUUUUCCCAACGAUACACGUGUAAUUAGUGCUAGAAAUAAAAUCAAUAAAGCCUACAUGGAGUACCAGAAAGAUACAACUGAUGAAAAUCGACAGAUCUACAAGCAAGCCAAGCAGAACCUUGAGGAAGCAUACAAUGUAGUGAUAGAAGAAGAUCUUGAAAGUAAACUAAAAGAUGUGGAGAGAGCGCAUGCCAACAGUAAACAUGGGCAGAGCUGGAGACUCAUUAAUGACAUAACUGGAAGGAAAGCAUCCCCGAAAGGGCAGUUAAAAGGAGACACACAGGAAGACAGGGUCACAAACUGGUUCAACCACUUCAAGAAUCUUCUUGAAAGCCCUCCUGACAUAGAUGAUGAGGAUGAAGAAAUUCUGCCUAUACUAGAGAGUCUGAACAUCAAGACAGGGCCAUUUGAUCUGAAAGAAUAUUCAAAGGCAAUAAAUUCACUAGUAGAAGGGAAGAGCUUUGGGGAAGAUGGCAUACCACCAGAGGUUCUAAAAAGAUGUGACCUUGAUGAAAUCAUUCUGAGUUUCUGCAACAACGCUGUGAUCAAUGAAGAAAAGCCUCACCAAUGGUCCAUACUGAACAUCGUACCAAUACCAAAGUCUGGAGACCUGAGCCAAGGAGGAAAUUAUCGAGGAAUCAGUCUAAGCUCCAUCGUCGCCAAAACUUUCAAUAGAUUGAUUUUGAACAGGAUCAGACCUGUACUUGAUAGUCACCUGAGAACCAACCAAAAUGGAUUCAGAGUUGGAAGGACCACAGUGGGACAUAUUUUGGCACUUUGCAGGCUUAUAGAAGGAGUAAAAGAAAAUCAACUCCCGGUUAUCAUCACAUUUAUUGACUUUCGCAAAGCCUUCGACACCAUCCACAGAGGCAAGAUGUUGAAGAUCCUUACUGCAUAUGGCAUACCGGAACAACUGGUAAAUGCUAUUGGCAAGAUGUACGAAGACACCAAAGCAAAAGUAAUAUCACCUGAUGGAGAGACUGACCUCUUUGAAAUCAUGGCUGGUGUGCUUCAAGGUGACACACUUGCACCUUACCUAUGUGUAAUAGUCCUCGAUUAUGCCUUGCGAACAGCCAUAGACGGCCAUGAAGAGGAACUUGGAUUCCAACUGGAAAGAAGGAGAAGUAGGAGAGUUGGUCCGGAAAUCAUAACAGACCUAGAUUUUGCCGAUGACAUAGCCCUGCUAUCUAAUGAACUAGAGCAAGCCCAGAAACUCCUGAGCAGUGUGGAGACAUCGGUAGGCAAGGUCGGGCUCCGGAUGAAUUCAGGCAAAACCAAGUUCAUAUGUCAUUCAAUCACAGAGAGAUCAUCACUAUAA